AUGGCCAAGAUCUCAGCAAAGGCAGGCCUUAGAAACAGCAAAUCUAAGACAAAGGGCAUGAGAAUUAACACCAGUAAUGUAGACAGGCUGGAAUUGCAGGAGGAAGACAUCGAGAAAGUGGAGGACUUUGUCUACCUUGGCAGUAACAUCCGCAAGGAUGGCGGGUCUGAUCGAGACAUACAAAUGAGGAUCGGGAAGGCAAGAACUGCUUUCACAACUUUACGUCCUGUGUGGAAUACUAAAACAAUAUCCAGAAAGACCAAACUACGGAUAUUUAACACCAGCGUCAAAUCCGUCCUCCUGUGUGGGUCAGAGACAUGGAGGGUAACAAAAGCAACCUCCAACAAACUGCAGUCCUUUGUAAAUAAAUGCUUACGGUCCAUCAUGGACGUACACUGGCCUGAGGUCAUAAGGAAUGAAGAUUUGUGGGCAAGAACUGAUCAGGAACGAAUUGACAUCCAGAUUAGAAGGCACAAAUCGGGUUGGAUAGAGCACACCCUCAGAAAACCGAACAGUUAUGUUACCAGGCAUGCACUGAUGAACCCACAGGGGAAGAGAAAACAAGGCCGUCCUAGAAACAGCUGGAGGAUAACCGUGGACAAGGAGGCGGCCAAGGCAGGCUACACCUGGAAUGAAAUAGAGAGGCUGGCCCGGGAUAGGAGAUGGUGUGAGGUUUCUUUGGACCUAUGCUCCACAGGGAGUGAAAAGGGAUAA